AAUUUCUGUCAUGUUUGAACCAGGUCUCAUAUCCCUUCGACCAUCGACGUACUCGCACCUGUGCAAAAACCCCCGCAUAACUAAAAAUACCUCAAAGAUAAUAGAUUAGUCAAAAUAAUCAAUACCUCGACUGAUAACGUUAUCUAUACUCAACACGCAGCAAAAUGAUUUGCCAAUGUUAACGUAUCGUUCACGUGAACAUCAUUUUACGUCUUUUGUGUUGCAAAAAAUAUUUAUAGUGCUUAAACUAAAUGGAGGAAGUGCGUGGAAACGGCGAUGUGCUCAAGAAAAGUCAUUUCGCGAGACUCCAUGAAAGAAUACAAAACAAAUAUGAGGAGAUGCAAAGAAAACUUGAUAAAUCUAGGUCCGUUGAUUCGCUGUCAUCGCUCAAAGAAGAUUACGUCUACAAGGAACCCAGAUACGCGAGCUGUGCUGAUAUUAAUAAUAUUGAUACCACGAUGAAAAGACAAGACGUGCCCUUCGAAAGACAUAGUGUUAAAUACAGUGUUAUUGUUGAGGAGAUCGCUAAAAAUGAUGCCUCCUUACAGUAUAUUAGUGCAAGGCAGGCCAGUAUAUCCGAAUCUGAGCCCACGCCAACUAUUAAGUGUGGAAACGAGAAUGACAGUGAUUCGUUCUUCGGUGAUGAAUUCUCCAAGUUGAGUCUCGAAUCAUUAAAUGAAGUGGCUAAAGAAAGCGACGAGUAUCAAACGCCAACUCCCACUCCGCCCCCGCCAUUAUCGAUACGAAACAAAAUUGGCUCGCGAAUAUCAGCUGUUAAAGACAAACGACGACAAAAGGAGAAAGAAAAGGCUGAAAACGAGAAGAAAUCAGCUCGAGAGAAAGUCGAAAAGUUUAUUUUGAGCAAUACUAAAGAAGAAAGAGUAAAAACGUUGAAAAGGACAAAAGUGGCUACGGUGACCAUUGCUUUAAUUGAAGCCACUGGUUUGGAAACUGAUGUUUUAGAGGACAAACCCCGGUUAUUGUUUUGUCGAUUUAGGUUGGGCACUGAGAAAUAUAAAUCAAAAGUAAUAAAAACGAACACAUCCAAAGCUAAAUGGCAAGAAUUGUUCAAUUUUAAUUUGUACGAAGACAACAUUGUGGAAAUACAACUAUUGGAAAAAGAUUUUUGUGUUGGCAGAACACAAAUCGAUCUAACAGAACUGGAGAAAGAGAAGACCCACAAAUUGCGAAUAAAGUUAGAAGGCGAUCAAGAGAAAGUUGAAAUGUUUAUGUUGCUGACAGUCACUGGGUUCUCUCUCAUAAGCCUUGAUGAGUAUCAGGAGACGCAGAGGAGGCUUGCUAUGGUCACUAAGAAUUCUCCCUGGUACAAAUACAAAGGCAAAUCAGAUGAAGUUGGCAGUCUAACAGUAAUAGUCUACGGUGCCAAAGGGCUGGCUUGCAACGAGUGUUACUGCGUUCUAGAACUAGAUAACGAAAGACUGCAGACCCAGACUGAGUUCAAAACAUAUGACCCUAACUGGAUGAAGAUAUUUACUUUCGAAGUAUCCGACGUUACAUCGAUUCUAAACAUCACAAUCCUGGACGAGAAAAAAACCGAAGAAGUAGGAUGCCUCUCAAUACCUUUGCUUAACUUUAAAAGUGGCGAGAAGAAGUGGUACGCGCUCAAAGACUCCAGUCUAAGAGAGAGAGCUAAAGGAAAUAAUCCCAGGAUACUGCUAGAAAUGAAUCUCACUUGGAAACUUCUAAAAGCAUCAGUCCGCGUAGUAAACCCGAAAGAGGCCAAAUAUCUUGAGACCAAGCAGAAGCUGGACCGACACACAUUCACGAGGAACCUCGCACGAGCUAAAGUCGUGCUAAAUUGGACGCUGGACGCUUUUGGAGUUAUGAAAACAUGUUUCGAAUGGGAGUCAAGAAAAGCCAAUGUAAUAGCGUUGAUGAUAUGGAUGGUAUUCUGCUGGUUCUUCAGAAUAUGGAUGUUGCCACUAAUCCUACUUAUACCAUUCUUUUGGUACCGACCUCCUAAAUACUUCCUACUUAGAUGGAAAGACUACUUUUUAAAGAAAAUACCAGUAGAAGAUGAUGUCAAAAAAGAGAAGGAAGAGAAAAAUCAAUCCCUUAGACAAAAAAUAAACAGUUUCCAAGAAAUGGUGCAAUCUGUGCAAAACUUCAUUGGUGCCUUUGCAAAUCUCGGGGAGAGUAUUAAAAACUUAUUCAACUUCACAGUACCAUUCCUCAGUCUUCUGGCGAUUUUCCUGAUACUAGUGAUUGCAUUCGUGAUGUUUAUGAUACCAACUAAAUACAUAUUUAUUAUUUGGGGAAUUCACAAGUUCACGAGAAAAAUAUUGCGACCAAACAGAAUACCAAAUAAUGAGAUAAUGGAUCUGCUGUCUAGAGUACCUAACGAUGAAAUAUUGCUGAAUUGCGAAGAAAUGCCCUUAGAAGAAGUUCCGGAUGAAGAUGUGAUAAGAUAAUGAUCUGAUAAUUGUAAUUUUUAUUUUAAUGACUAGCUCAUUAAGUCUAGUGCUCAUUUGGAGUUAAUGAGCUCGGUUAAGAUGGCCUAAGUGAGAGUAAAUGUUAAGAGAUGUUCUAAGGAGAACUACUCAGUAACAACUCGACAUGUGCCUACUAUUGAAACUUUACGGGCGUGAAGUGAGAUGUAUAGUGAUGGCCUGUGAUUUGAUAGAUUUAUAUUAAUAAAGUAUUGCUAUAUAGUGUAAAUAGAAACGUGAAUAGUCGUUUAGUUUAAUUUUAUCAUCCUCCAAUGAUAGAGGUGAUAUCUUGUAUUAAUAAUAUAAUUACUGGGUGAAUGUAACUUAUUUAUUUCUGAGCUAAUCUUGACAAUAAUUUA